GGGUCUCUGGCCAUCCCAGACCAGAGGUGUGGGCUGGGGAUCCUCCCAGUGACCUGCCCAGUCCAGGUUCCCUCAGCCACUCUGCCCCAAGAUGGGCCGUGGGGCCGGCCGCGAGUACUCGCCAGCAGCCACCACCGCGGAGAAUGGGGGCGGCAAGAAGAAGCAAAAAGAGAAGGAGCUUGACGAGUUGAAGAAGGAGGUGGCCAUGGACGACCACAAGCUGUCCUUGGAUGAGCUGGGCCGCAAAUACCAAGUGGACCUAUCCAAGGGCCUCACCAACCAGCGGGCCCAGGACAUUCUGGCCCGGGACGGACCCAACGCCCUCACCCCGCCCCCGACAACCCCCGAGUGGGUCAAGUUCUGCCGCCAGCUCUUCGGGGGUUUCUCCAUCUUGCUGUGGAUCGGGGCCAUCCUCUGCUUCCUGGCCUACGGCAUCCAGGCCGCCAUGGAGGACGAGCCAUCCAACGACAACCUCUAUCUGGGCGUGGUGCUGGCAGCCGUGGUCAUUGUCACCGGCUGCUUCUCCUACUAUCAGGAAGCCAAGAGCUCCAAGAUCAUGGAUUCCUUCAAGAACAUGGUGCCACAGCAAGCCCUGGUGGUGCGGGAAGGAGAGAAGAUGCAGAUCAACGCAGAGGAGGUCGUGGUGGGAGACCUGGUGGAGGUGAAGGGCGGGGACCGCGUACCCGCGGACCUCCGGAUCAUCUCUUCUCACGGCUGCAAGGUGGAUAACUCAUCCCUAACAGGCGAGUCCGAGCCCCAGACCCGCUCCCCCGAGUUCACCCAUGAGAACCCCUUGGAGACCCGCAACAUCUGCUUCUUCUCCACCAACUGUGUGGAAGGCACGGCCAGGGGCAUCGUGAUCGCCACGGGAGACCGGACAGUGAUGGGCCGCAUAGCCACCCUGGCCUCGGGCCUGGAGGUGGGGCGGACGCCCAUCGCCAUGGAGAUCGAGCAUUUCAUCCAGCUGAUCACGGGGGUGGCCGUGUUCCUGGGGGUCUCUUUCUUCGUGCUCUCCCUCAUCCUGGGCUACAGCUGGCUGGAGGCUGUCAUCUUCCUCAUCGGCAUCAUCGUGGCCAAUGUGCCCGAGGGGCUGCUGGCCACUGUCACCGUGUGUCUGACCCUGACAGCCAAGCGCAUGGCGCGUAAGAACUGCCUGGUGAAGAACCUGGAGGCCGUGGAGACGCUGGGCUCCACAUCCACCAUCUGCUCCGACAAGACGGGCACCCUCACCCAGAACCGCAUGACCGUCGCCCACAUGUGGUUCGACAACCAGAUCCACGAAGCGGACACCACGGAAGAUCAGUCCGGGGCCACUUUCGACAAACGAUCCCCCACGUGGACGGCACUGUCUCGGAUCGCCGGCCUCUGCAACCGUGCCGUCUUCAAGGCCGGGCAGGAGAACAUCUCUGUGUCUAAGCGGGACACGGCUGGCGACGCCUCCGAGUCAGCCCUGCUCAAGUGCAUCGAGCUGUCCUGUGGCUCCGUGCGGAAGAUGAGGGACAGAAACCCCAAGGUGGCGGAGAUCCCUUUCAAUUCCACCAACAAGUACCAGCUGUCCAUCCACGAGCGAGAGGACAGCCCCCAGAGCCACGUGCUGGUGAUGAAGGGGGCCCCGGAGCGCAUCCUGGACCGCUGCUCCACCAUCCUGGUGCAGGGCAAGGAGAUCCCUCUGGACAAGGAGAUGCAGGACGCCUUUCAGAACGCCUACAUGGAGCUGGGCGGGCUGGGGGAGCGCGUGCUGGGGUUUUGUCAGCUGAAUCUGCCUUCUGGGAAGUUUCCGCGGGGCUUCAAGUUUGAUACGGAUGAGCUGAACUUCCCCACGGAGAAGCUCUGCUUCGUGGGGCUCAUGUCCAUGAUCGACCCUCCCCGGGCUGCCGUGCCGGACGCCGUGGGCAAGUGCCGCAGCGCGGGCAUCAAGGUGAUCAUGGUGACUGGGGACCACCCCAUCACAGCCAAGGCCAUCGCCAAAGGUGUGGGCAUCAUAUCAGAAGGCAACGAGACUGUGGAGGACAUCGCGGCCCGGCUCAACAUUCCCGUCAGCCAGGUCAACCCCAGAGAAGCCAAGGCGUGCGUGGUGCACGGCUCGGACCUGAAGGACAUGACGUCGGAGCAGCUGGACGAGGUCCUCAAGAACCACACGGAGAUCGUGUUCGCGCGCACGUCCCCGCAGCAGAAGCUCAUCAUCGUGGAGGGUUGCCAGCGGCAGGGGGCCAUCGUGGCAGUGACCGGGGACGGUGUGAACGACUCUCCCGCGCUGAAGAAGGCGGACAUCGGCAUCGCCAUGGGCAUCUCAGGCUCCGACGUGUCCAAGCAGGCCGCCGACAUGAUCCUGCUGGACGACAACUUUGCCUCCAUCGUCACGGGCGUGGAGGAGGGCCGCCUCAUCUUCGACAACCUGAAGAAGUCCAUCGCCUACACCCUGACCAGUAACAUCCCCGAGAUCACGCCCUUCCUGCUGUUCAUCAUCGCCAACAUCCCCCUGCCGCUGGGCACCGUCACCAUCCUCUGCAUCGACCUGGGCACCGACAUGGUCCCCGCCAUCUCCUUGGCCUACGAGGCCGCGGAGAGUGACAUCAUGAAGCGACAGCCGAGGAACCCCCAGACGGACAAGCUGGUGAACGAGAGACUCAUCAGCAUGGCCUACGGACAGAUUGGGAUGAUCCAAGCCCUGGGCGGCUUUUUCACCUACUUCGUCAUCCUGGCGGAGAACGGUUUCCUGCCCUCGCGGCUGCUGGGAAUCCGUCUGGACUGGGACGACCGGUCCAUGAACGACCUGGAGGACAGCUAUGGGCAGGAGUGGACCUAUGAGCAGCGGAAGGUGGUGGAGUUCACGUGCCACACGGCCUUCUUUGCCAGCAUCGUGGUCGUGCAGUGGGCUGACCUCAUCAUUUGCAAGACCCGGCGCAACUCAGUCUUCCAACAGGGCAUGAAGAACAAGAUUCUGAUUUUCGGGCUGCUGGAGGAGACGGCGCUGGCGGCCUUCCUGUCCUACUGCCCGGGCAUGGGCGUGGCCCUCCGCAUGUACCCGCUCAAGGUCACCUGGUGGUUCUGCGCCUUCCCCUACAGCCUCCUCAUCUUCAUCUAUGAUGAGGUCCGGAAGCUCAUCCUGAGACGGUACCCUGGGGGCUGGGUGGAGAAGGAGACCUACUACUGA